CCGUGAAAAGCAUCUGAACCGCCUUAAAGAAGAAGAAGAACAAACGACAACAACACGAACAGGCGACAUCAACGAGCUAAACAUGCUUUAAAACGACGUUAAAACGAUAACUCAGACCGGUUGGAAGAUGAGUUCCUUUGCGGGUCGAAUGAAGGAGUACCCCACGGUGUCUCUGGACCGGUUCGACCGGGAGAACCUACACUCCAGGGCUUAUUUCCUCUCCCACUGCCAUAAAGAUCACAUGAAAGGACUGAAAGGACUGUUACUGAAGAGGAAACUGCAGUCCAGCCGGACCGUCAGGCUUUACUGCUCCUUUGUGACCAAAGAGCUUCUGCUCAGCAAUCCCAAGUACUCCUUCUGGGAGCCGUACAUUGUUCCUUUGGAGCUGGAGAGCCCAACUCAGAUUUCUCUGGUUGACGAAACAUCUGGAGAGAAAGAAGAGCUGUUGGUCACGUUGCUUCCUGCAGGCCACUGUCCCGGCUCCGUUAUGUUCCUGUUUGAGGGUUGCCGCGGCAACGUGCUGUACACGGGAGACUUCAGGUUCGCGGCCGGCGACAUCUCGAGGAUCGAACACCUGCACUCCGGCAGCCGAGUGAAGGACAUUCAGAGUGUUUAUCUGGACUCCACGUUCUACGACCCGCGGUUCUACCAGAUCCCCACUCGGGAGGUCUGUCUGAACGGUAUCUCCGAGCUCGUUGGGAACUGGAUCGGUCAGAGUUCACAUCACGUCGUGUGGCUCAACUGUAAAGCUGCGUAUGGAUACGAGUACCUGUUCACCAACCUCGGAGAGCAGUUCAACACACAGAUCCACGUCAGAAGUCUGGCGAUGUUCCAGAAGAUGCCGGAGAUCCUGAGCUACGUGACGACCGACCGCAGGACGCAGAUCCACGCCUGCCGAUACCCGACGAACGAGGAGUUUCUCCACGGCAGCCGGCUGCCGUGCGGCUCCACUGCCGCCGACGGGACGCCGCUCCGCAUCAUCAGCAUCAAACCGUCCACCAUGUGGUUCGGAGAGAGAAUCAAGAAAACCGACGUCAUAAUAAAAACCGGAGCCAGUUCCUUCAGAGCCUGCUUCAGCUUCCACUCCUCCUACUCGGAGAUCAAACACUUCCUGUCCGACCUCCAGCCGGUCAACAUCUUCCCCAGCGUCGUCCCCAUCGGGCAGACGCUGGCCGAGGUGACGCAGAUGCUGAAGCUGAUGUGCAGGAAGCGGUCGGAUCAAACAACCGUAUACAAACCUCUGGGGGUCCUGAAGCGCCCCGUGGGGGAGGGACCCACAUACGACCCCGACAGCGACGACGGGCUGUUUGACGUCCUGGACUCGGUACCAGUGAGGAAGAAGACGGCGCUGGACCAGGACGGCACGAAUGUGAGCGCUCCGAGUCCUCGGGAAACGGCGUCUGCGGUGGAGUCGUCGUUUCCUCCGACGGUCGCGGACCCUCAGCCUGUGAUUCGCAACUUUGUGGAUUGCACCGAGUCGAAUGAUGAAGAGGAGGAGGAGGAGGAGGAAGAUGAGGAGGAGGAUGAGGAGGAGGAGGAGGAAGGAAAGGAGGACGCAAAGCCGCUGGAGGAGGAGGCCAACGAGGCGAUAAAGGAGGUCGAAGGAAGUGGCUCCUCUGAUCUUCCUAAGUGGGAGGAUUUCUUCGCCACGGAGACGCUGACUGACAGCCAGAACAGCCUCAACAGCCAAUCGCAGUCCUGCUGCUCCGCCCCGAGCCCCGCCUCCUCCAAAAUGGCUGGCUCGCAGAGCCCCGACCUGUUCGGCGACGACGACGACGAGGACUUCAGUCUGACCCUGUCCGCCUCGCUGUCAACCCACUCCUCGCAGAACCUGGAUUCGUGUUUACCCGACACUCUGAUCCUCCAACCAGAGCAAAGGGGGCGGGACCGAGGCGACUCGAGGACCAACAGCGCGCCUCGGGUGAGCGAGGGCAGCGGCCAAUCGGAGCUCUCGGGGUCUCAGUCGUCGUCGGACUUUGACGUCCCCUGCACGCCAGAGUCGAAGGCGCCGCCGCCGGCCGAACUGUCGCAGCUGUACAGGAAGCUGGCGUCGGGAGAGGAAGUGGGCGUCGGCAGAGGAAGUCCGUGAGCGACGUUACUUUAUUAUUUUUAUCGUGCUGCAAGAACGCCGGUUUGUGCGUGAUGAACACAAAGUGAGCUUCUAUACAACCAUUCCUCUCCUUCAGUUAGACCUCUAAGCACACACACACACACACACACACGCACACACAUGCACACACACACACACACUAUUUAUUCCAAUGCACUUUAAACCCACAUGUGCCCGACAUGCAUUAUGCACCUGUGCAAGGAAAAUAAGUUGAAAUACAAUGUGACGCGAACGUUAGCCGUGUGUUUAAUGAAGAGUAUUUAUGUGAUAAUUGUAGCUGCAUUCUAUUAAUUAUUGAAAGUUCAGAUCAAUAAUUAGUUUGACUUCAUUCCAGUUAAAACAAAAAUGUGGGAAAUAUUUUCAAAAAAGUGGUCAUGACAAAAUAUUUUUAAAAAUGUUGUUGUUUUUAUUAGAUUCAUUACAAAAUUGUGACUAAAAUAUGUAACAACAUUUUUACAUUUGAAAAAUAAACUUGUGUGAUGGCGAAGCGA